CCUUCCUCGCGACACCCGGGGGAGGCGCGUCGCACGCCAUCGCGCGCGCGCCCCGCUCCGCCUCAUGCGCCCGCCGCGGCACUGCCCACGAGCGGCGGAGGUGCCCGUGCCGGCGCCCUCCCGGUCCUCGCAGCUUCCGCAGCGCGAGCGCUCGCGACCGUAGCCAUUUUGGCUCAAGAGAGGCUCGAGCACGCACCCUGGGGCGGAUCCAGCAACCGGCCCGCGCCGCUCGCUCGCCCGCUGGGCCCGCCGCUGCGCUCCGAGUGGCGCGCCAUGUUCUGCCGCCGGCGCGGCCGCCGCGGCGCGGCCGCGUCCGCGGUCUUCGCAGCCCUGGCGGCGGCCGCGGGGUGCGGGCACGCAGCCCUGCUGGAGGCCUUCGCCGGGCCGGCCGCGGGGCCCGCCCCUGUGCGCGGGGCGCGCCUGCGCGCUGCGGCCGCCCGCCCCGGCCGCGGGGCGCUUGCUCCGGCCGCAGCCAGGCUCGUCGGCGCGGGCACAACGAAGCGCCAGAGCGGCGUGAAGCAUAUACAUUGGCACCUAGCAAGGCAGGAGUGCGUGUUGAAUAUACGAUAAAAAAACGGCCCAGACAAAGGUCGCACGACGGGGUCUCAAUUCCGCCCGAAGGACGGGUCGUCGCCAAAGGAGGUGGAGCGGGAGCACCUCGCCGCCGUCGAGGCGCUGCGGCAGCUCGAGAGGGAGGACCAGGUCGGGCGGCUCCGCGCUUGCGCUCGCCACCGUGCGGAGCGCCAGAGCGGCGUCAAGUACGUCGUCUGGCGGAAAACAACGAAGGUGUGGCGUCUUCAGUACAGGAUAAGGAAAAGUCCAGACAGAGGUGCCUGGAUGAUGCCCACUUUCCGCCCACAGGACGAGUCGCCAGAGGAAGUGGAGCGGGCGCGGCUCGCCGCCGUCGAGGCGCUGCGGCGGCUGGAGGCGUCCGCCGCGCCCGCCGAGGAGGAGAGGGAGCGGCUGGCCGCCUUCCGCAGGCGCUACCCCGUCGGCGACAGCGUCUUCGAGCUCUUGGCGAGGCAGCCGGCCGAGGUGCAGUCCGUGGUGCUCUCGAGGUUCUGCCCGCCGGAGGAGGGCCUGUCCGACUACUCGGCGCUGCUGGACAGCCUCCUCCAGACCAUCAGAAAGCGCGAGGGCUUCUGAGAGGUGCUGCGGUCGGCGCUCCUGCCCCUGCGAGCAAUGCCGACGUCGAGAACUGAUUACCGCGCGCGCGCGUGCUCCCGAAGGCAACGUCGAAGCGCUGCCGCUGCGGUUUCUUUUUCUGCAUCGGUGGGGUGCUGCUGGACGGCUCUUCCACAAGUAUUGAGACGCAUUCGGAUUUCGCACCUGUCCUGUGUUCCCGUUGCCGACGGUGUCCAGACGCCGCUGCUGCUGUACUUUGCAUCGGGGACGUCGGGCGCAGUCACGCCUUGGCACUCGGAAUGCGCGCUGACCUUUCGAA